AUGUCUGAUGAAGGAGAUAUUGGUAUCCAAUUAAAUAGUUCAUUGCACGAACUAGACCAUAAAGUGCAAAAGGUAAUAGAGGAAAAUCAAGGUAUACUUCAAAACCUCAAUGUCAUGAUGAAUAAUAAAGAAAUCUCGCGGCUACAUCAACAACUGAAAACCGCUGUUAGUAGUAGUUCUGGCCUACUAGAAGCUUUACAACCCGUCUCGGAUAUUGUACAAAAAUAUGAACGAGAGGUUAGUAGAAAAUUGACGACGUUGGAUUAUCCUCAAGAUCUUACUGAGGCUAGGAGACGGCUUGAUCAAGAAAGGGAAGAAUGGGAAAAGGAAGUCGAAAUUCAAAGAAAGGAACUUAAGAAUGCCUAUCGAGAAGUUGAAGAAGCUAGGAGCAGCAUUAAUACUAUAGGACGUGAGUUAGCAGCACAAAGAAUUGCGUUAGAGGAAGAAAGGUUAUCUAAAAUCAACGGAACGAUUCAGAUAUUACGAGAAAGUGAUAGUGAAAAAUUGCAAUAUCAUUUGAAGCAACAAAUGCUUAAAAAUGUUAAGUUAGAAAAAGAAAAGAUUAAAGUGGAUUUUAAACUGCAAGAAAAAAUUGAAGCUUUAAAAAUAGCAAAUGUAACGAUACAAAGAUUGGAUUCUGAAGUGAUUCAAUCUAGAGAAAGUACAGAGAAAAUUGUAAAACAAUUUGAAAGGCAAACUGUUGAGGCUAAUAAACGAUUAGCUGAAAUGCAGCAAGAGUUGGAAAAAGCAAAAGAGAGAGCCUUGAGAUUUCAAAAAAUGCUCAAAAGUGAGAAAUUGAAACAGAUGGCACUAGAGGCUGCGUUGGAGAAAGAAAUACGUCUUAGAGAAGCUAGUAUUACAGGACCUGAAUUGUCGCCAAGGAUGGAAAAAAUGUAUAUAUCUACAGUUAAGGAUACUGUAGAUCAAAUUGCGCCUGUUACUAUCCUCGGUACUACUACUGAUGCUAAUGAAAUUAAAAAAAGAAGUCAGCAUUUGUUGUAUGAUCAAGCCUUCUUGAGAGCAAAAUUACGUCAAUAUGAAUUCGAAAAUUCUAUCCAUCUUAAGAAAAUAAGAGAAAUUAAUGCCGAAAAAGAACAUUUAGAAGCUCAAUUAGUUAUAAUGCAUGAUGGUCGGUUAGAAUUAAAGAAGAAGUUUGAAAAAUUAGCAAAUGAGCAUCGACGCUUAUUAUCUACUGUAAGUCGUCAGAGAACUGAUUGGUUUCAGAAACAUCGUCAAGAACAACAACAGAUUGAGGAAGCUAAAUGGUCUAAAAUUGGACCCAUGCCACUAAUUAAUAGUCGCUUACGAACACAGUUUUCAUCUGAACGUUGA